AUGUCAAAUUCAACAACUACACCUCGAGCCAGUGUUGCUUGUAAUCUAUGUCGUUCAAGCAAAAUUAAAUGUAUCAACAACUCAGACUCAACACGGUGUCAUCGGUGUGCAUCGUUGGACUUGGAGUGUACCUACACUUUAAAGACAUCCCAGUUGAAGAAACGAAAGUUGACCAAAGAGUUUGCAUCAAAGUCGCCUCCAAAAUCAACUGUGUUCCUACCAGAUAAGAAACUAAUAAUUGAAACAGCAGAAAUAUUUUUCGAGAACCAAUACAAGGGAAUUUUUCCGUUGUUUCACAAACCCUCUUUUUUCCAAUUCCUAAGGUCAAAAGAGUUCGACCCACUGACAUACAUACAAGAUUAUCGUCCAAAACGAAACGUUCCGGACCCAGUAGUACUAUUAGCGAUCCUUGCGUUGUGUGCCCGGUUGCAUCCAGAAAUGCCCAAAAUUUUUGGUGAAUUCGAUGAAUCAGAAGCAGAAUCGUUUUUCCCCUCUUUCAAUAGUGUGGCAGCACCUGGGUUUGCAUCAAAUGCUUCUAAAUAUUUUGGAUGGCAUGCUCGGAAACUACUACGGUUCGAUGAACCUUCCAUUGAGCGUGUUCAGGCAUUGUGCAUUUUGAGUAGCCACGAGUGGGGUGAAGGCAAUGCGUCUAGGAGUUAUAUGUAUGUUGGGAUUGCCGCCAGAAUGGCUUUGAUACUAGGUUUGGACGACGAACCAAAACCAGAAGCUGGUCUUUCAGAUACAGAAAAUUUUAUCCGCAUGGAAAUGAAACGACGUGCAAUGUGGUCAGUGUAUAUGAUGGACCGUUGCAAUUCUAGUGGACGCAGCAGUCACACGUGCAUUUCAUUAGACGAAAUCAAAGUAAGGCUACCUUGUAACGAGAAGGAAUUCAUAUUUGGAGUCGGUAAAGAACAGCCAUUGAGAAGUGGCGAGUUGGUCGACUUGUCAUUGUGUGGAUAUCAAAUUGUGUUGUUCGAGACAUGGAGAGAAAUAUCUCGGUGGGUGGGCAUCACCGGUGCCAAACUAGAAAAAAUACCGCCAUGGGAAUCUACUGCUCCAUACUAUACGCUUUCCAAGAAGUUAGAUGACUUUGAAGAGAAGUUGCCAGCAGAGCUCAAGUAUAAUGAAUUUAAUUUGCAAGCACACAUUGCCGGUGGCUCAGCUUCUGAUUUCGCAUACUUUAGUGGGUUGCUAUUGCUAUGCAGGGUAUUUCUCAACAGAGAAUACUUUUAUGCAUCUCCAGAAGCGUCUCCGCCAGGAUGGUGGAAAGAACAGGCUACUAUACUAUUUGACUCGUUGGACAAGUUGGACCAGAUACCGAAAUUGCUUAAACCGUUGAAUUUAAUGGUCAUUGCUCCGUUUACUGGUUUCCAUGUUUUCAGUACGGCUGCCACAUGUUUGUAUAUUGCCGCAUAUCCCAAAAAAGUUAUGAAAACACAUUUCAAUGGAGAUGUUAUAAAGAAAUACCAGAAAAUGGCUCAUGAUAAUUUAGAAACGUUAUUUUCGUGGCUGGACUCAUGGGGUUUAGGGAAAAGCUGGAUCAACACCUUGAAAGAGAUGAAAGAAGUGUUUGCCAGGUCUACAGAUUACGAUCAGUUGCGGUUCAAGAUGCGUGACUACGGGAAUAUAGAAAAGAAACCGGAUAUUCUGAAUUUAUUGGUAUUAGAUGAGGCUCCUAUUCUAGACUUUAUGAACAAUUUGGAUCUACCAAAUAUUUUCCCUGACUGGAAUGAUGCUAUGAACAUAUAA